UCUUGUGGUAUUAUAUGCGAUAAUUUUUUGAUAAUUUUGAUUAACAAACGACACCUAACCAAAUAAACCUCCUUUCACGUCAUGGCACAAUUCUCUUGGCCGAAAUUUGGAUAGGAAAAAUAAUCUCCAAUAUUCAUAUCAGAGUAUAUAUCAAAAUACAUUACGAAAUUCUCAUUUUCGUACCGCUUUAAAUUCGGGAAUUUUACUGAAGGAUAAGUUAGACUGGAGAUUUCGUGAUUUUCGUGGUUUGAUUAGUAUUGUUCAUCAUAUUAACAAAAUGAGCCAUGUUCCUACUCCGAAUAUAUCGCGUUUUCCUUUCUCUUCAAUGUCUCUUUCCGUCCGACUGCCCCACCACCAUCCUCUCCAUCCUCUCCAUCCUCUCCAUUUUCCUGUCGCUUUUUCGUUACAUACAAUAUUGGAUUUACAGCCCAACGAGCGCAAAGAAGUUUCACUUCAAAAGUUUCCGGAGUUCCUUGUCAGCACCGAAGAAGGUAGUUCCGCAGUCACUGCACAAGGAGCUAUCUCAUACCGACUUGAGAAACGCCGAUAGGGUACGAGAAACUCCUCGGCGGAGCCGUCUGACACGGCCUCGGUGUGAACCAUUGAAGUCGUCAUGCAGACGAACGUGGCCAACCAGCUUUUGUACGACUUGUUGCCCCGUCCUUUCCAGGACCGUAGAGACACUGGGCCGGUGAAGUCGAUCCCAGUGAUGAGAAAGGCUCGGACGGGGGCAAGUCUGGUAGAUGGCAACUCACCCAUGAGCUAUUGAGCGCGCACUCCACGUUGGCGCGGGCAGUUCACGUACUCAAGAAUGACCGAGCGUACUGGCGAGUAGCUGGGCCAGUUGAGACUCCGUGGGAAUGAUCGUCUGGUUUCGACUCGCUGAGCUGAGCUGAGCGAACUUGAGCCGACCUUCAAUCCUAAUAACCAUUUCAUGAUCAAUGAAGAGGUUGAGCUUAGUGAGCGGGUGUGAUGUGGAAAAUCGCUCACCCCGAGAGAUGAUUUCGAGGUCGGCAUUGAAAUGAGCUGCGCGCGUGAGUUUUAUCCAAAAGAGCCGGGCCUCGUCAAAGUCGGUAAGAGCGAGUGAAUAAAGAACCGAUUAUUGUUGCACCGUCCUGCGCCGAGUAAUGAACCUUUCAGAGAUUGCGGUGAUCCCGAGCAGUCUGUUGCAAGACGAGAAUCGGUCGAUGAGAUCCCAGAGAACGACGGGCUGAGCUGACAAGUGAAGUGGAACUGCUGGCUUCUUCCCCCGAGAUCGACUUUACGUUUUUUCUCGACGAGAUGGGUUGGUCACGUCGAGCUGUCUUUCUGAAGCCACGGUGGUCCAGCCUACCAGACCAUGUGAGCUGCCAGUUGAGAGGCAGAAAGACUUCGAGAAAUACAGUCUGCUGAGUUCUCCUUGCUAGGUACCAAUCUCCAGUGAGCAAUUUGAGUAAGCUCAUGGAUGAGCAACAGCCAAUUCUUCACGAAGUGAGAUGAGAGGGAGCAGAGGAGAGCCUAGCUGUUUAAAUACCAUGUGCCUAACGGGAAGGCACUUGACAGGUAGAGCUGUGUCAUCUGGUGAGCUGUCCGACGUAGUCCCUCAUCCGAGUCCUCCGCAGCACCUCCGCAGAUGCCGUCCACAUAUCGUCCUUUCAUGAACGGUUCCAGUGCGAGGGGAUACUUACGGCCUUCAUGAAAAAUGCGAGGUCCGCGAGGUGGAGCCCUUCGAUAUGAUCCCAUCGGAGCCAAUCUGACGAGAACGUCGGUAACAAUAUGGUGAGCUUGCGGGUGGGUGAACUGUAUAAUGAGCCGAACCUCUGAGUCCGGAUAUCUACAGCGAGGUCGGGGACUUGGCCAGUCCAAGCUGCCGUAAGAGCUUGUCCGAUAUUAACGAAACUUCCGAUCCUGGGUUGAUGAGCAGAUGGAUGCGAUGGGCUGGUCGGUGCAGACGUACUCUGGACGCCGGACUCUUAGCCAAGAGCUUUCCAAGACGGGGGUCUUGAGCUGUUCCGGAAGCUAGCUGGCGAGGUGCACAUGAAACGGAAACUAAGCGGGUGACCUUCGUUCUACCAACGGGAGGGCGUAGGCGUGAAAGUGCUCCUAGUAGGCUACGACUAGAAGCCUGAGGCUUUUACGUGCUGGAGCGAGAGGGCACAUUGUUCUCCAUGGUUGUGACGCCUCCGAUCUCCACCAGCUCCGGAGCGCCUGCGCAGAUCGCGCCUACCCCACUGAUUGGCACACAUUCGAGUGCGCCGAUGCAGAUCACGGCGCGGGGCAGAGGAAUCGAACUGAUGCGCAGCCGCUAGCGAAGUACAUGCGUAGGGCGUGAGCUGAGCGCGGAAUUACAAGAGAGGUUAUAAAAACUGUGAUUUCUGCCUUCACUACACGUAUGGCUAAUAUUGUUAUAGACUGAUUCUUAUUAAGAUAUACCUAUAAUUCAAUACUGUGAAUAAAUACAUAUCGUAUCUGACGCGUACGAAUCUUCAUUACCCGAGGUUAGGACUCAGAAUAGCUAAAUGGUCUCCAGGGCACUCGUCCUAUGUGUAAAGAAGUUCUUCAAGCACAUUCAAUUUUUGAAGUGAAACUUCUUGGCGCUCGUUGGGGUGUAAAUCGAAUAUCGUAUGUAACGAAAAAGCGACAGGAAAAGGGAGGGGAUAGCGCGCGUGGUGGGGCAGUCGGACUGAAGGAGACAUGAGAGAGAAAAAAAACGCGAUAGAUUCGGAGUAGGAAGAGACGAGAGCGGAGUAGCAUGCGUAGGGGGGAAUUAGCUCUGACGAAAUGAGCCAUGAGUGUCAUUGGAAGAGUGCUUGUUUUAUUAAGAUAUACAUAUAUUUCAUGAGUCGUGCAGCAUUUGUUGUUUAUCGAGGUUAUAUAGUGUUUCUAAGUGUUCAAGGGUAUAUAGAGAAGUGAGAAGUGUUAUUAAAUAGUCUAAAAAAUAUUAAUCAGAGCUGUACAUCAUGCCUAAAUCUGAUGCUCAGUUGUGGAAGGAAUACAGAGAUCGACUGCGUCCAAACAAUAAACUAAAUAAAGUGAAGAAAAUCCCCAAAACCAGUGUUGAACGUGUCCGGGAAUACCGAGCAAGGAAGAGGGCUAUCAAUUUACAACCACCUCUGAACCCUUCACUGGUAGACGAAAUCGAACAGACCAAUAAUUUGGGCGAUGGUAAUGAGCCUUCCGCAACGUUAAAGGCUGCAAAUAGAAUUUUCCACGGUAUGUUUGUUCCACGGGUUGAUGCAGACAUCCCAGGGCGAUCAGCAAGAGAGGAUGACGAUUCGAGAGCUCCAGCCAAUCAACAUAGUGAGAUUUCAGACACAAUUGCACCAACAAUGAAUAGAGAUGAAAUGAAAAUUUGCUACACCUGCCUCGAACACUCAACGCUAAUUCUAUCCCAAUGUUGUCAGUAUAUAAUGGCUUCUCAUGUGUACAAAUACCUGCCCAUCUCCCACCCCUCGAUUCGGUAUCAGAACGACUGAUAUCACCGAGAAUUCCAUUCAUUAAAAUACGGCGAUUACACCAUGGACAUGGACAAUAUGGAAUAUAUGGACAGAUCAUCAAUGUUCCAGUUGAAGUGGAUAUAAUGGUGAAACAUCUUCCACGACAUCUUGAUGACGAUCAUGGCAUCAAUGUACACAUGAAGAAAAAGAAAAUUCACAAGUCCAGUCAUUUGAGUAGUCUCAUCAACAAGAGAACAAUUAAGGCUUGGCCGCAGUAUCGAACCAAAAAAUUAACGAUAUCAUAAAAUUUAUACACAGAGCAUUAUUGGCAUAUACUCCCUCUGGCGCAGCAGAAUUAGAAGAAGAUUUGAACACUAUGCCCAUAAUUUUAAGUGGUGGUUUGAAUGCAAAUUUUGCCUUGAAAGAAGCUCAACCACUUGUACAAUUUUUAGAAAGUAAAUUUAAUCUAAAAAUGAAUAAUAAUCCCAAAGACUCAGCAACCAGAUCAGGGUCUACAAUCGAUGCAAUUUUCUCAAGAUAUUUAAAUAAUUUACAAUCCCGAGUUUUCAUUUUAUAUUUGUCAGAUCAGAAACCAAUUGUAUCUUUUCUUGAACAUGAAAGUAUGGAAGUGAAUGAAUAGAUUUUUUAUAAAUUGCGGCGAAAACGUCAACUAACUUUUUUUUCAUUAACCUAACACCCUUAGAAAUUCCCGAAUAAUGAAUAGUGGCUUCGGUUAUCGGGGAAAUAAUGCUAUCUCAUAAAACUUGCUGGCUAGGGUGUGUAUUUUCAUUUCAAGUGCCCAUCGAGAUCCAUGAAGUUUCACUUCUAUCGCCUAGCUUUCUAGGCUGAUAAUUUUUUUUAGAUAUUUCGACUUUUCAGUUUUUUACGUGAAAUGAUUUGCGCUUCCACUGGCAUAAAUUCGAUAUAUGGAAUGAAACUUAGGUACGAGGUUAUUUCUCAUCGUUGUGAGGACAAAUGGAGAACACGGACUCCAACAGUUAAUGAGCUUCAAAGAUACCCAAUUUUGAACGUAAAGCUAAUAGCUUGAAUAUCUCAACAACUAGAUAAUCAAUCUCGAAGAUUUUUCCAAAUUAUAGGCUUACUGUCCUCCAUCCUCAUCAGUCAAUCUAAAUAUCCGUCCAUCCAAAGUUUUUGAAAUGUUUAGAUUUUUCUGUUCUCUAAUAGAAAUAUUACUCGCGCUCUAGGAGGACUAGUCCAUCUUCCUCCACGGUUGUUAUAAUCAAUUAUCUCAAUCGCUCUGUAUGCUCUUUUAAUAAAAACGGUCAUUAUUUCUUUUUAUGUUGGCGAUUAUUCGUGAUCAU